AUGAUCUUAGCAGCAGCUGCAUGUGCUGUGGCUGGUGCUGCAGGACUUUCUUAUAUAUUUGAUGAUAAUAGUGAUGAACAACAAUCAACUAAUAUGAAAUAUGAAACAGUUACUGUAUCAUCAACUAUUCUUGAUAAACAAGGUAUUGUUAAAUAUGUUAUACAUCCGUAUUCAUAUAUGUAUUAUCCAUUUAUUAAACAAGAACAAAAUAAAUGUAUUGUGACCUUUAUCAAUCAAAAUAAAUUAAAUCAAUUAAAAUUACCAAUAGAAAAUUAUAAAGAAAAAAUGAAUGACUCGAUAUUUAAACAAGAUUUUUCUAUUAUUUUCUUUUGGUCAAUACCAUUAAAAGCUCAUCUACUACAAACAUCAACAAAAUCAUGUUUUAUUAGAGAAAAUUUCAAUAUUUUUGAACGUAGUGUAAUAAAAAUUAGUAUUGGAAUUCAAAAUAAAAUAAAUGAAAAUAUUGAUAUGUCUGAUAUUCCAUCAGAAAUAGCACUUUCAAAUUAUGAUCCAUAUUCUUAUGAAACAAAUCGACGAAAACCAUCAUUAAUUAUAAAUCAUGAUGAAUAUGAUAAUACAUUGGAUUCAUUAUCAUAUAAUCGAAUAACCAAUGACGAUAUUAUUCCAAUCGGUAUACUUAAAAAAAAGAAACCAAAUAUGAAUGAAAAUGAUAAUAAUCAAAAAAGAUUUUGUUAUGAUAAAAUAUCAAAUUCUAAUCAAGAAAAUCUAAUGAGAAAUAUAAUAUUGAAAAAUGUAAAUUUAUGUGUAGAAAACUUAUCAAAAAUUUUAAAUGAAUCAUGUUCAAACACUGAAAAACAAUCAACUGCAUUAUAUGAUUCAUCUUCAUUUACUUCGUUAAUGAAUAAUAAUAAUCAAUCAAAAUCAUCUAUUCGACAAGAUAUUUAUAAAAAGAAGCAUUCAGAAUUAUUCAAACAUGAAAAAAGUCUUGAUUCUCUGAACUAUGGAAGUGAUAAUACAAAACCUAUAGAACAAUUAUCUGAUGGUAUAAUUUUACAUCGUGGUAAACAAUUUGGUAUAGCCCUAGGUAAACCGAUGAUACGCAAAUAUAAUGAAAAUGAAGAAUUUCCUUCAAAAUAUUCUCAUUCAAUUAAUGAACUAAAUAGAUUAUUAUCGAAAACAAAUUGUUUAUUAAUGCAACAACAAAACAUUGAAUCAAUUGAAGAUCUAAUUCGAUUAUUUUUAGAACAAGGACAAAAAAAAUUUAGUGAAAUAAUGAUUGAUUCAUUUAAAGUUGAUCCAUUUAUUGUUGAACAAAUUAAUAUAAUACUUAUGAAAUGGGCAAAAAGUUUGACUUAA